AUGGACUUGGGCACCAAAAAGAGAAUCGAACGAGAUGAAACCGUGUGCAGGAUGUUCCACGUACUGGUGGGGGCUCACGUGCUAGAUGGCAACCUCUUCUCGGUCCCAAGGCUGUGGGACUGGUUCGUGAACCUUUCGAACCAGGACGUUAUUGAUUGCGCCCGGAGGUACGAGAAUCUGGAGGAAGCCGCCCGCGAUUAUGUCGCCACCUGUCCAAGAUACCUGGGACGCAGUCCAAGUUACGUCGAAUUUGGAGAAGAGGAUCCGGAAGAACAGGAGAAGGAUGUGCCCGGACCUUACCUCCGCAUGCGCACACUGACGUCGGCAUUGCGGGCUCAGUACUUCGAAUCUUUCGGGCAGUGA